UGUGACGUCAUCCCCCCGCGCCCCGUGUUUACCUUCUCGCUCGGGCUGUCCCCGGGUUUGGCUCGGGUUAGUCCCGGGUUUGGCUCGGGUUAGGCCGAGCGGCAUGGCCCGGAAUGGAGGGCUGCCCCCCCCGCCCGGUCCGGCCCGGUCCCCGGAGAGCUCUCGGGGGGAGCUCUGUGAGCGGGUGCUGGAGAUGGAGCGGGAGCUGCGGAGCUGCCGGCAGGAACUGCGCCGCAUCCAGAGACAGCUGGGCCGGAGCGAGAGACUCCACCGGAGCACGGAGAGCCGGAACCGGGAGCUCACCCGGCAGGUACGGCCAGCAUGGAGAGCCACCAUGGAGAGCCAGUAUGGAGGGGGGGACUAUAUCAUAUAUUAUAAACCGGCCCCGGGGGGCCUCCAUGGAGAGCCAGCAUGGGGAAUAUAUAAUAUAUUAUGAACCGGCCCCUGGGGUCACCAUGGGAAUAUAUAAUAUAUUAUAAACCGGCCCCGGGCCAGCAUGGAGGGGAAUAUAUAAUAUAUUAUAAAACAGCAUGAGGGGAAUAUAUAAUAUAUUAUAAACCGUCCGGGCCACCAUGGAGGGGAAUAUAUAAUAUAUUAUAAACCGGCCCCGGGGGGCCAGCAUGGAGAGCCAGGGGGGAUAUAUAAUAUAUUAUAAACCGGCCCCGGGGGGCCAGCAUGGAGGGGGAAUAUAUAAUAUAUUAUAAACCGGCCCCGGGGGGCCAGCAUGGAGGGAAUAUAUAAUAUAUUAUAAACCGGCCCCGGGGGGCCAGCAUGGGGGGCCAGCAUGGAGGGAAUAUAGAAUAUAUUAUAAACCGGCCCCGGGGGGCCAGCAUGGGGGGCCAGCAUGGAGGGAAUAUAGAAUAUAUUAUAAACCAGGAGCUGCAACGGCAGGUACGAUCAGCAUAUGACCAGCAUCAAGGGGGAAUAUAUAUAUAUAUAUAUAUAUAUAUAUAUAUAAACUCAGGAUUCCCCACAGCAGGUACGGCUCCCGGGGGAGGGGGAAUAUAUAGAUAUAUAUAACCCAGGGGCUCAAGUGACAGGUAUGCCCCUGGUGAGCCAGCAUGACAGGGGAGGGGGAAAUAUGUAUGUAUGUGUAUAUAUAUAUAUAUAUCUCCCAGGAGCUUCUGUGAAGGGUCAGUAUCAUGGGCAAGGGGCUUAUACGGAAGGGUCAGCAUCAUGGGCAAGGGGCUUAUACAUAUCUCCCAGGAGCAAGAAACGGGUUAAUUGAUUGAUUAAUUUUGAUAACUGCUUGGGUAUUGUCGGACAUGACACUCACGUUGGUGUUAGUACCAAGUGCACAGUUUCAGUUCGGAAACACUAAAGGGUUAGGAAUACAAACCUGUAUUAUUAUCACAAAAUAGUUCUCCUCUUUAUUUAGAUUUCACCUCGCUGGAAACAUCACUCAUCAUCUCGCAUGUACUUUACAGAGUGACUUGUUUUUGUGUAUUUGUGUAUGAGGGGAUACCAAUCCGUUUGCAGUCAUAGUUGCCAGUAGAGGAUGAAUUGACCAAUAAUAGUAGUUUUGUCAACAUGUUUUAUUGUAGGUAUUAAGUACUUUACAUUUUUUUUACAGGUUGUAGUGUCUGUGUUCUCCUGCCACCCUGCACGCAUUUCUGUUUUUAUCUGUAAAAAUAAGCUGUUUUUUUUUUUUUAUAUGAUUAUUGCUUACAGUAACUUUCUCAGUAGGUCUGCAUGUGUGUGUACUUUAACUGAAUGGUUAGGUGAAUAUUUGUUUUGUAUAUUUACAGGUAGAAGAGCUGAGCAGGGAAAUCCAUGAGAGGCAAACAAACUCAGAGAAAGGGACUGAUCAGGAGGUUCAGACAGAUGAUUAUUCCACUUGGUCAUAUUCGGGUAAAAUAUACAUUGUAAAGGAAGCCACAAAUAAAAUGCUUGCGAUGAGUGACAGAAACUGCCAUGUCAAAUCUUGACAACUAAACAAAUAAUUUGGAGUGCAUUUACCCCACACCAAAUGGAGACAGGAUCAUUUCCCAGUAACGAAAUGCAGACCAUUAGAUGCACUGGCUUUGCUGUGUCUUUCCUAGCAUGAGAUUAGCAUGCCCAUGCGAUUAUUCCAGGACUUCCUUAUUAUUGUAUACUUAAAGAUUAUUUAAUGAAAAUUCUGAUUCCACAUUAUUCAUUUCUAGAUUACUACAACUAUUCUUCCCAUGCUAAUGGUUAUGACACAAAUAUUACUUGUGGAACGGCUGUUCAGGAGGUUGGCAAUAGCAACGUAGAACCUGCUGGCGUGUUCGAUUCAUCUGUUACUGAAUCAGCAGAACAUUCAGAGGAGCCCAGCGUUCCGUGCCUUGGAGAAGAGCCCGCAGAAUUAUAUGCUGCCAAUGUUCAGGUACAGUGAAUCUACUUCUAUUUCUCAAUUUAUUUACCCCAAAUUGUAAAAUUAAUUUGUAACCAUGGAGAUCUGCUCCUCUGUUUGCUCAAUAUUUUGAUAUGCUUGUGAUUGACUCUGAUUUUAGCUGCUGACACAUUGUGACAUGUAAAGUUGAUUUAGGAGGUGGCGUCAGGAUCCAGACUUACGUAGUUUUAUCGGUCGAAGAAAGGCUGAUGUUUGACAUUUACAGUCUUUCACACAUGUGGCAAAGGCAUACAAUGGGGGUAUCGUACUCCGCAGAUGUAGCCGAACACAAUAUGAGGUUUUGUACUGGAAGGGCACACACCAAAUUUACGAAAUACACGUGAAUAAAAUCUUGUUAUAUGUGUGUAUGUGAAAAACACAAUUUUACUACAAUAUUUAGCAGAGACUGGCGGUGAAAGGGCUGUGGAAAAAUUGUUAAAGUAACUUUGGGUAAAUAGCUUUUUACUACUGCUACUUUAUAUAAAUAUAUACUUUGUUUUCUGUGAUGGCUUUUAAACGUAGAAAACAAACCUACCAACUUCAAAAAAUGUUUCACAUUGAAAUUUUAAUUUUGUGACCUAUAACUUUCAAAAUAAACUAAAAUCCUACACAUAUUAUGUACUCUAUAAAUCAAGACAUAUAAAUGAAUUAAUUUUGAAUUACUGUGUCACAUCAAAUUAAAACCCAUUUUGUCCUCUAAAAAAGGUAUAUAAUAUGUGUUGGUGUAAUAGGAAAAACAAUUGUUGUCUGGCUUCUGAAGCUGCAUCCUCAAGGGGUUAACACUGAAUGUAAGGACAGUGCAAGGCUACUCAAGACACCAUCACCACUUCAAUAAGCUAAAGCAGUUAGUGCCUAUAGUCUCCCUUUUUAAAAUAAAAUGUACUUAUUAGCAACUUAAUAGCAAGCAUGAUCACACUUGCUCGGAUGUUGGGAAGGGAGGAAACCUGUAAUUUGGGCCAUACACACAUUGCAAGCUCUUCUUUUCACUAUGUUUAUGAUGAGAAUAUAUUUCUGUAUUGGUUUAUUGUAUAAAAAACAUACUUGAUUCUGUUGAAAUUAUCUAUAAUUGCAUCACUUUACAUGUUUUUAUUACUUUUGUGUGUAUCUAAUGUUUUGAUUUUCUGUGUAAGGAUGAAGAACAAGGAUCCCUGGCAGAAGCUGCACGGUCUCAGACUGACUUUACGUAUGAUGAAAGUUAUGUAAAGAAUGUUUCGGUAUGAUGAAUCUACUUUUAUUUUCCAAUUUAUUUCCUUAAAAUUAUAAUAUUAAUUUGUAACCAUGCAGAUCUGCUGGUCUGUUUGCUCAAUAUUCGGAUAUGCUUGUGAUUCUCCCAAAGUUUACUAUAGGGAGACAAUGAUUAGUGAUUGUCACUGUGAUUCUAGCUGCUAAUGCAUUGUGACAUGUAGACGUUAAUUUAGGAGGUGGAGUCAUGUUCCAGGCUUACAUAGUUUUAUAGGUCAAAAAAGGACUAAAUCUGGCAUUUCCAAUCUUUCACACAUUUAUUUCCAAUAUUAAUUCUAAAGAAGGCAAAAAGUUCAGUGACUUCCCUCUGUGCCACAAAAAGGGAAAAAAUCCUUCUUCACAGUGCUAAUCCAAUUAAUAGUUGGAUCAUAAAAUAAAUACCGUUUUCACAUAAGGGAAAAUAAGGUCUUGGUAAAGGGUUACCCCAACCACCAUCAUCACUUAUGCUUUUAGAAGUGGUCGUGGUGGUAAGAGUCUGUACAUAGUCUGCAGUGUUUCAAUUUGAAUUGCUGCACAUAGGUUGUUGUGCCUGGGCUAGUUCCACCGCCAGCACACAUGACUUUAGCUGCCCCGAACUCUGUUCUGGACGACCAAAUGUAAAUUCUGUGUGAAGAUAAAGCAAGAUGGACAUAACACCAGGUGACCUAAUCUCAUUGAAAUGUUCUGGGUGCCUAUAGUGUCUCUGUAAAAGUCCCUUGUCACCUGCUGCAGGUGUAGUUAAGGCUGAGAUUACACACUUCCUUUAAACAGGACAGAGGGGGUGGGGUGCUAGAGACAAUAAAAACACUUUAACAUUGAAUGGAAGGAUAGUGCCAGACUAUUCCAGACACCAUAACCACUUCAAUGAGAUGAAGCAGUUGCAGUGCCUGUAGUGUGCCUUUUUAAUAAUACGUUACUUUUUAGCAGCUCAAUAACGAGCUUUAAAAUAAAAAGUUACUGCUCAAUAACAAACAUGAUUACACUUGCUCAGAUGUUGGUAAGGAAGAAAACCUCAGUAAUUUUGGGUAAAACACAUUUUAAGAUCUUCUGUUAGCUAAAUGGUUAGAUCUACCAGUUUAUGAUGAGAACAUUUCUGUAUUGGUUUAUUGUGUGUGUGUGUGUGUGUGUAUGUAUGUGUAUAUAUAUAUAUAUAAAAACUUGAUUUCUGUUGAAAUAACAUUAAUUGCAUCACUUUCAGUUUUUUUUUUUUUAUAAAUGUUUUUUCGUAUUACGUUUCUGUAUCUUUAAGAUAUUUGUAUUGUUUUGUGUGUAAGGAUGAGGAACAAGGAUCCCUGGCAGAAGCUGCACGGUCUCAGACUGACUUUACGUAUGAUGAAGGUUAUGUAAAGAAUGUUUCGGUAUGAUGAAUCUACUUUUAUUUUCCAAUUUAUUUCCUUAAAAUUAUAAUAUUUGUAACCAUGCAGAUCUGCUGGUCUGUUUGCUCAAUAUUCGGAUAUGCUUGUGAUUCUCCCAAAGUUUACUAUAGGGAGACACUGAUUAGUGAUUGACACUGUGAUUCUAGCUGCUAAUGCAUUGUGACAUGUAGACGUUGAUUUAGGAGGUGGUCAUGUUCUAGGCUUACAUAGUUUUAUAGGUCAAAAAAGGACUAAAUCUGGCAUUUCCAAUCUUUCACACAUUUAUUUCCUAUAUUAAUUCCAAAGAAGGCAAAAAGUCCAGUUACUUCCCUCUGUGCCACAAAAAGGGAAAAAAAAUCCUUCUUCACAGUGCUAAUCCGAUUUUUAUAUUUUGAUCAUAAAAUAAAUAUUGUUGUGACAUAAGGGAAAAAUAAAGUGUGGGUUAAAGGGUUACUCCAACCACCAUCACCAUUUCUGCUUUUAGAAGUGGUUGUGGUGGUAGGAGUCUGUAUGUGCAGCGUUUAAGUUUGAAUUGCUUUCCUUUUUGUGACUCUAAAAGCUAGCUGAUCAUCAUGGGAAAUGUAGUCCAGAAACUAUUUAUGGUGUCAAAACAUACUUGAUUCUGUUGAAAUUAUCUAUAAUUGCAUCACUUUACACUGGCCUAUAGUGUACCUUUUUAAUAAUAAAAAGUUACUGAUUAGUAGCUCAAUAGCAAACAUGAUGCACACUUGCUCGUUGGGCAGGGAGGAAACCAACUUUUCAAUCUCUUAUUUUAUCUAGAUGUUUGGAUCCACCGGUUUAUGAUGAGAACCUAUUAUUGUGUUGUUGUGUAUCUCCAAUCUAUUUUUAUUCUUUUGUGUGUAAGGAUGAAGAACAAGGAUCCCUGGCUGAGAGCUUGAGAGCAACUGCAGAAGCUGCACUGUCUCAGACUGGCUUUACAUAUGAUGAAAGCUCUGGGAUGUACUAUGAUCACAAUACUGGAUUUUAUUAUGACUCGGUACGUGCUAAAAUCCAUGCCCUCAGUCUACGGUUACUAACAUGCUCGUCCACUAAUGAAUACGCAGGAAUCUUCUAUCUCUAGCAUUACAUCGCUUAGUCUACAUUAAGCUGCAGCCACUUAGCAUCAUGGGGAAAAUAGUUUGCUUUAGUAUGACCGCAGGAUUUCUCUUUCACUUUUUGAUGUAGUCUGUCUUGGUUUACUUCAUAUGUUACAUGUUGUAGAACAAGGUAAUUUAUACCAAGUAUUAUAUAAUUAUUUUUUUUUGUAAUUUUUUAUUAUUCUUCAGUUGUAUAAAUGCACACCUAUAUGUUUGUCUCUAUACAGGAAUCUCAGUUAUACUACGACUCUUCCACUGGUAUAUAUUAUUACUGUGAUGUGGAAAGUGGAAUCUACCAGUUUCAUUCUCGAGUGGACUUGCAGGCCAUUACAGACACAAACUCUCAGCCAAUCAGAAACAAAAGGGAGAAGAAGAAGAGAAAGGAGUUGUUUAAUAACAUGGCAACAAAGGAAAAGGUAAUGAAAGUUAUAAGAAGCAAUUUGUCCUAUUUAUUGUUGAGUUCUGGUCAGUUGCCCGGUCAGUGCAUAGAUCACUUGUAUCCUCUCUUUUACUAUAUGGUUUACAGACAAGCAUAAAUAUACUAGACAAAAAUCAACUGAAGACUACUAUACUAUAAAUAACAAGUACGUACGGAGUUAUCCAAGAUUUGGUUUUAACACAAAGCGAGCCACUUUCCGUGGAAAGAAUGUAUCCAGGGAAAUUAAUGGGUUUUUUUUGUUUUUUUUUAUAUUAUGCUGCGAUGGCCUGCUUUUAUAAUCUUAUAAUUGUGAUUAAAGCAUUUGUCUUCCAAUAACCUUUAAAGGGGAACAGUCACAUCCCAGGAUUAUAAAUGUUUUAUUAAUGUUUGAAAUAUACACCAUUAAAUGUAGCGCUAUCCUCAAGCUGAAUACCGCCAUCUGGCUUCCCUUUCAGUUAUUGUUCUAAAAAUAAAUAAAAAAUCAGUUUUUCUACCAGUGAGUCAGCAUUGAGUAAAUUAGGAGGAAAAACAAAACCACAUUUUCUGUUUCUCCUCCUACAAUGCAUUCUGUGCCCUGACUCUGCCAGGACUGAACUGGACUGGGAUGUUUAAAUCUUUAAUAUUCAUUUAAAAAGAAAUUAAACAUUGCACGAGAAAAAAGAGUUUAAGAAACAAAACAUAUUUUUCAAUGUUUUAUUCGAGUGACUGUCCCCCUUGACUCCAGUGAAAGUUGAGUUUUUCCAAUGAAUAAAAACUUUUAAAUGUAGAAUGACCAUCCAGGCACGAGGUAUACUGAUGUGAAAAAGAAGUGGUUUUGCUUUCCUGCAAUUUAGGUUGACAUUAGCAUGCUAACGAAAAAUGAUUCUCUGUAACCGCUCAUGUAGAUCCUUUGUCAGUGCUUUGGGAGAGUAGUUCAUUUCAAAUCCAUUGCUUGCCCCCUCCUAUACUGAUAUGAUUACAUACAGUGCGCUCAACAUUUAGCAGCGGUCUGUAGCACACGUCCUAUAGUUUGCACAGCAUUUCAUGUAGUGUGGGUUUGACUGUUAAUCCUGUCUCUAGGUACACCAUUUGACAGACACCAUGGCUAGUCUGAAGAUUUCCUCUUUUGGAUACACACCAUCUCGCAAAGGUAGAAUUUUCCCGUUCCACUUAAAAGGCUCUUUCCAGUUUAACAUUUAACACACCUAGAAGGUUUACUUUGAUGUGGCAGGUGGGCUUAUACCUAAGGGCCACUGGAGUGAUACUAAUGACAUCCAGUUAUGCAUAGGGAUUUGGGAUAGUGCGCAAGUAACUAAUUUCUUUGUUUUUUAUUAUAUUUAUAUGUGUACUAUAGUCAUAGCUGCCAUCCAGGACUAGUGGGAUUCUGAGCGCAGGACUUAUCUUUGUAUAUUUGCAUUUGUAUCACACAGCCAUGUUCCAAUGCUGCCGCCCACCCCAUGUUUUUCCUAUUAAGGGUUAAAAAUAUGUAGGGGUUUAGAAAAAUAUCCCUUUAUUUCUCAUUAGAGAUUUUAUACCUGAAGCUGAAAGAAGCAAGGUGAAUUCUUAGUGUAGGACUCACCUAAGAGGUUUGACUUGACAUGGCAGGUGAGCUUAUAGUGGCCACUGUAGUGUCACUAAAAACCUGCAGUUAUUUAAAUAUGCAUAUGGAUUUGGGAUAGUACGCAAAUAACCAUUUGGCCCAUCUAGUCUGCCCAAUUUUCUAAAUACUUUCAUUAGUCCCUAGUCUUAUCUUAUAGUUAGGAUAGCCUUAUGCCUAUCCCACUAAUGCUUAAAAUCCUUUACUGUGUUAACCUCUACCACUUCAGCUGGAAGGCUAUUCCAUGCAUCCACUACCCUCUCAGUAAAGUAAUACUUCCUGAUAUUAUUUUUAAACCUUUGCCCCUCUAAUUUAAGACACUGUCCUCUUGUUGUGGUAGUUUUUCUUCUUUUAAAUAUAGUCUCCUCCUUUUACUGUGUUGAUUCCCUUUAUGUAUUUAAAUGUUUCUAUCAUAUCCCCCCUGUCUCGUCUUUCCUCCAAGCUAUACAUGUUAAGAUCCUUUAACCUUUCCUGGUAAGUUUUAUCCUGCAAUCCAUGAACCAGUUUAGUAGCCCUUCUCUGAACCCUCUCUAAGGUAUCAAUAUCCUUCUGAAGAUACGGUUUCCAGUACUGUGUACAAUAAUAAUAGAACUCAGUUAGCAAACAUGUUACUACAAUUAUGCACUGACUGAUAUAUGGAUUUAUAUUUGACACAUUAGGAAUAUUACUUUGUGUUUUUCCAAGUAGCAAUCUCUUAUGACUCAUUAUAUCUCACCACUCCCACUGUUCGCGUGUGAUAAUAAACUCUAUAAUUCAGUAGAAUUUGCUUCAAUUCCCCACUUUAUUUUGACUGACAACGCUUAGAUGUAUAUUACUUCAACCUGGAUCUUUUAGAAACUUAUAUUAAUUAUUUUAUUAAAUUCAUAAUAAAUGUUACAUUUUGUCUAUUUUCUCUUGCCUUUCGGAUUCCUUUCCUUUUUUUUUUUCUCUGUUAAUCAUAAGAGAGAAAUAAGAGAUUGGAAAGGGAUUCUACCCCAGAGGAAAAAUAAAUAGACUCAUUAUAGAAAUAUCUUUAUGAAAUACUCAUUUUGCCAGGGUGUGGUAUUAAAGUUCUAUCAGAAUUGCAAUAUCUUUUUUUUGUUGUUUUGUUUUUUGUUACUCCCUACCUUUCUACAUAAGAUGCCAUUAUCAUCUAAUAUUUUGCAACAAUUUGUUCUACUUUCCACAUUUAUCCAGAUUCAAACAAAAUCCCUUAGACUUUUAUAUUCCAUUGUUUGGAUAUUAAAGGAUCACUAUGGUGUCAGGAAAACAUACUAGUUUUCCUGACACUAAGGCAUCCUUAGGACCCCCCACUCCCCCACCCUCAGGGUCCCCCUUCAGCAACUUACCUUAAUCCAGCAGCGGGCUGCCUCAGCGCUGGUGACCUCUCCUCCCCCUCCGACAUCAGCUCCAGAGUGGAGCGGAAUGCGCAUGCGCGGCAAGUGCCGCGCGCCCAUUCAUUCUCAAUGCUUUCCUAUGGACGUUCUGGAUGCAAAUUUUGCAUCGGGCAUCGCAGAAGCACCUCUAGCGGCUGUCAGGAAGACAGCAACUAGAGGUUGGAUUAACCCUGCAAUGUAAACAUAGAAGUAUUUACAUGUGAAGGGUUAAAACCUGGGGCACCUGGUACUCAGACCACUUCAUUGAGCUGAAGUGGUCUGGGUGACUAUAGUGCUCCUUUAAAAUGUGAAAUGUGUGAAGUCUAGAAAAGAACAUGCUAAAGGAGAGGAGGCUGGCGUUUGAAACAAAGUUGCAGCUGUUUAAACGGAGGAUACUUUCUAUAAUUCUAUAUUUUGUAUCAAGAUAUCAGCUACAGUUGCUUCAUAUUAUACGCUAUGUCCUCCAAACACAGUAUAUCACUCCUUAAUUGUGUUUUUAUCAUUAAAUAAAUAUGGUUACUGUUAUUGGAUACCUGAUGGUCUUGGCUUACCUGCUGCAUAAGAUCUCACGUACUCAAGGCGUGGAUCCUUUCCAAGUCUGGCUGACUGUGUGGGACACAGUCUCUCUGAUUUUUAAAUCAAAAUUUCCAGUAUAUGGUAAUAUAUAAUUUUGUGUUUUUUCUUUUUUUGCCUUUUUGUGUGCACUUAAUAUUGAUAUAAUCAUUUUUAGUUUUUAACGGUUAGAAAUAUUAGUGCCCAGUAUUCACCAUUAUCUUUUAUUAGUUUGACAUAUGUGUUUACUCAAAUAUAUGAUUUAAAGAACACUCCAGCGAUUUAUAGUCCUGCAAGCCAAAAUCAGGCUUAGUGUCCAUGGGACUUCACAAACAUCUACAGUGCUGUCACCUUGAGCACUGAAUUUAGAGCAGAAUUCGAUCUCUAUAAGAUGUGUUCAUACUCCUGCACUGCCACUUCUUUUCAUCCUUAAAAUCAGUUUUGGGUCUCGGUUACCACUGUAUAAUGUUCUUGGGAAAGCUCAACUUUCUUUUCAAAUGUAAAAGAACAAAUAUUGAAGGCGCUGUGGUACAUGUUUCCCUUUCAAUCUGUCCAAUGUGUCCGUUUGAAUUUUUUUUCCAAGGGUACAAAGGAGUUGAAAUCAGUGCUAAGCUCAUCUUACAGUAGUGCAGAUCAUGACAGACUCAGUGCAUCUGAAAGGAAAGAGUUUGCCAGUGACAUAAAGAAGGCCAAGAUGAGCAGUUAUAAUGUAGAUUCUAAUGGCAGAAAGAGCUCCUCGUCUUCCGAGGAGAGUGAGCCAGAGGAGGGUGAAAUCCUAAACUCUGACAAUGAGAAGACUUCCAGUGAUGAAGAGCUGUCCUGUGGCAACAGUCAAACUACCAACAACUCAGACAUGGAAGGUGAUUUUAUUUCUGUUUAGAUUGCGAGUAACAGGACAUUUAUCUCGACCAUUCUGUUUAAAUUAGAGUAGAGUGAUGUUAAUCUGGUUUCCUCCACGCUAAAGGGACACUAAAGAUAUCUCAAUGACGUGCUCUGGGUGCAGGGGUCCUGACGUUUUAGUCCUGCAAUCUAAAAAAGAAAAUUCCUUUUAGAAGCUUCAAUAUUUUGAUUACAGGGUUAAAACACCUCUGGUGAUUGUCUUCCUAACAACCACUAGAGGGUGCUUGCACAGCAACAAAUAGUUUGAUUCUGUUUUGUGACUUUUAGUGUCGACCAUCAGCAAAUUCUGAUCGUAGGGAAGCAUUGGAUUUAAUAUUUCCCUAUCCAAAGCAUUUGAUUGGACAAGCACAGCACUCACCCCCACUGCUUCUCUAUGUAAACCAGGCUCCCCCAAACUCAGGCCCUCCAGAUGUUGCUGAACUACAACACCCAUGAUUCUAUGAAUGAAAUAGGCUGAGAAUCAUGGGAGUUAUAGAUUAGCAACAUCUGGAGGGCCGGAGUUUGGGGAAGCCUGAUGUAAAGCGUUGGUUUCGACAAGAAGCCAAGAAAGUGACAUCUGCGGGGUCUCACCAGCGACUUUCCUUUGUUCAUAAAUUUUAUUUAGGGGGGUCUGAAUCUAAAUAUGGAGGAGAAGACAUUAGGAAGACAUGUUUGUACUUGUAAUGACUAUUAUUUUUGAUUCCUUUAACCCCUUAAGGACCAAACUUCUGGAAUAAAAGGGAAUUAUGACGUCACACAUGUCAUGUGUCCUUAAGGGGUUAAAUCUUCCUGGGGGAAUGUACAUAUUUUAAUUGUUUUAUGAAGUUAUCAGGUAUAAUAGGUGCCUCUCUCACGUGUUAAAGAUUAAGCUUUUUGUAACUCAAUGUGCUUUGCUUAGUUAACUGAUUAUGAAAUUAUUUUAAUCAGUGAGUGUGUUAAUCUUGUAUUAAUCCUUACAGUAUUUUUAACACUUUAGUGUUCCAUAAUAUGGUUUUAUUAGAUGUUCCUUUGGAAGAGAAGUAAAAGAUGGUACUGUGACAUCAUUAAUCCAACCAAAGAUAGAGAAUGUUUUGAGGAAUUCUGGGGAAAUGUUUUAGAAUGGAGCAAUAAGGAUAAACAUUAUUUUAGUAUCUGUGGAGAAUGAUCCACUUCUAGUUUAUUUUUCCAAAUACCAUCUGUAGAGACUGUACUUCAAUAUUUAGCUAAAUUAUUGUGCUGAAAUGGAAGACAUAAUCUUGGCCCUAUAUAGAAAACCAAAUUUUAAAAAAAGCAUUAAAGGAACACUAUUUGGUCAGGAACACAAACACGUAUUCAUGAUCCUAUAGUGUUAAAGCCACCAUCUGUGCCCCCCCCCCCUCUCUAAAUAUAGAAAAAUCUUACUUGUAUUCAAGUCUGCUGCUGCUAGCUCUGACUCUUACCUGCCUGCAUACCUAACAUCAUCAGAAGUGGUGGUCUGAGCCAAUCACAAGUUAAACACAGCCCUGGCCAAUCAGCGUCUCCUCAUAGAGAUGAAUUGAAUCAAUGAAUCUCUACGAGGAAAGUUCAGGAUCUCCAUGCAGAGGGAGGAGACACAGAAUGUCAGUCACACUGUGCAGCACUGCCCCAGGAAGCACCUCUAGCCGCCAUCUGAGGAGUGGCCAGUGAAGUUAUCACUAGGCUGUAAUUUAAACACUGCAUUUUCUCUGAAAAGACUGUUUACAGCAAAAAGCCUGAAGGUAAUGAUUCUAUAAGCUGUAGUUGUUCUGGUGACUAUAGUGUCCCUUUAAUGACUGUGUAUACCUGUAUUAGCUGAACCAUACAAUAAAACAAUGAAAUCAAUUAUAAGUAUCACAUUCCAAAAUGUAAGAUCUAGAACUAGAGCAAGGGAGGCAGGAUAAGAAAGAGAUGGGUUGGGACGACAACGACGACAGAAUGAACAGACAAAAUUAGCAACAAAAAAAGCUGAUCAAAAAGCAUCAAAUUGUGACCUUAAACUCAUAUACCGUAUAUUCACAGAGUUUAUGUGCAGCAGAAUAAUAGAUCUCUAGCUCUCUAGAAGCCUGAAUGUAAAUAAUGAUGGGAGUAAGGACAAACAGAUAACCAGGCCAUGUAUUUCUCAUAUACCAGAACACUGAUUCUGCUGGACCUCAGGCACUGUAUACUUAAGUUAAUCUGUGUUGAAACCAGUCCGAGGACCAGUAAGAUGUGCGUUGAGGUUCCCCAAGAAUAAGUUCCGUGCUGUAGCAAUAUGUCAUCGCUAUAUGGAGUGGUGACUGAUGAGCAUACGGCAGUAGUGCGUUCCCUCGCCCACGUCGGUUAAUUAAAAGUGCUGUGUAUGCCGGCGUGGACUUGGAUGGCGAGUGGUCGUCAACCUGGCAUACAGUCAUGUCUGCCAUCGGUUCAAGUGCAUCGGUUCUCCCUUUUGAUCAUCGACAGGUGGGCAGCUGUGUAGAGGCAACCAACCUGGUUUAAUUGUAACCUGGUGCUACUGAAGGGGGACGAGUGUUCAGAAGCAGCUCCUGAGGUGGAAUAUAGCGUCUCGAGCCAGGUGGUUGGAGUCGGCGGUACAAUUUCACCCAGAAUUCUACCAAGAUCCUGUCUAUCGUAGACCUGUACAAAUCAAUUUUGGAGGGCCAGCAUUUAACUAAAGUUUUUGGGUGUAGAUCUUCAAGAUAAAGACCAUGAGUUUGAGUUGAAACGUUGCCGGCUCCAUAGAUCUUUGUAAUUUAGAUCUAUGUAAUCAUUUUUGGUGUUGUGGCUCCUUAUUGUUUUUUAGCAUGGACGUGUAUGAGCCCUGAAUGCUGGGCUUCGAUAUGCACAUGGCAUCCGCCAUCUUGGGUAGGUCGCUGCGCCUUCUGUCUAGUCAGUCCGCAGUGCCAUGAAGCCCUGUCUCAGCAUUGUAGGUGCACACCGAGAUAACUCCCUCUUGUAGAGGGAAGGAUGAAUAUGACCGCUUUCUGGGUGUUCCAGACAGGAGAUUGGCCACCUCUCCACUCGUCAGGUUACUAGAGGCCAUAGCUCUGUCAGUCUACUCUCUGGGAGCUUGUCUGCACAAGGUAAGUAAUUGUUGCUUAUAUAGAGCUUGGGUGCAGCAAAAGAUGUUUAGAUAUCUUUGUGGUUUAGUUAUCAGUCUAGUUUUUAGUCAAACAGAUAGUAAGUGCAUAACAGUCCGGAGCUCAUUCAGGACACAUCUACCCGGCAUGGCAGUAAGGCCCCAUAUCCUGUUUUGUUUUUUAAAACAAAGUACUACCUAUUUUCAAAACCCUUACAUUUUUAUAUCCGUAGCUUCAUUGUAGAAAUCCUAACAAGGCUUCUCUGAUUACUCCCAUAGUAUAAUGUGGUGUCUUAAAGGGGACUCCCAUAGAGUCCAUGUUGUCUGCGAUUGUGGGACAUACAGUUUGUCAGUUAUGGUUUGUUUUAAAAUUUAAUAAAAUGCAUUGGUUAAAGAAAAAAUCAAUGUCUAUUGGUUCUGCAAUAUCUGGAUGAAUGAGGGACAAACUUUUAUUUAUUAGUUUUGACUAAUUCCCUAUCCGCUGCAAAAAUAGUCUUUAUGUAAAUCCUUUUACAGCUCUGUUCCCAGUAGUUUGAAUGGUUGCUCCAGGUCACUGUAGUGUUUAUGAUGCAGGGAUUACCCUGGCCCCGUUUCCCAGAAAUGGGACAAACCACUGAUUGCAUCUGGUAUAGACAUAUGCCGAAAAUUGAUUACAUAGUCUGGCCCAAUGGCGUGGCUGGAAGGGAGUUACAUCUCUGGCAGCAAAACGCAGCAAUUCCAGACUUCUGGCACCAUAACCACUUCAUAUCACUUAUUCUUGUCUCGGCAGUGAACUUGCCUGAUAGAAAGGGGUAUAAAUGGUAAGUGCUUUGCUGAAGUGCUUCUCACUUUUUGAAUACUGUUUCUCAAGUAGCAUAUUAAACCACUUCUCAUGGCUGUUUUUUUUACUUUCUACAACUGUGAAGGAUGUUUACUCCUAAUCCCAAUAGGUUCUAUCACAGUGAUAGGCAUCAUUUUUUUAAAAAUAUAUUUCUUUCUCGUAUCUUAUAGAUGCUGAUAAAAUCUGGCCCCCUUGUAUCAGAGUAAUAGUGGUACGUUCACCGGUAUUAGAGAAAGGAUCCCUUUUCAUCAUUACAGCUGUAAAAAGGGCCACCAUUGGACGGUAUGUACUUUAUGCAAAAUCCUUACAUUAUGAGCUUUGUAAUAUUUAUUUGUAAUUAAAGUUUGUAUUUUGGUUGACAUUUUGUUAAUUCCCUAUUAACUGCUGUGGGCUGUAUCAUGGGCAAAUAUAUUUCUACAUGCUAACUUUCAAAGUGGUUUGAGCUGGAAUGAUGAUCUGAGUUUUAUUUUUCCUGUUUAUCCUGGGUAAUAGAUAUUAAAACUAGAUCAGUGUUGGAUGGUUAUAAAAAAACACCAAGAUAAACAUGUAACCGCUUCAUUGGUCUUCUCUUUCCUUCCCUUCCUUCCACAGAGAAAAGGACAUGGCCCAUACCAUCCGAAUCCCUGAGCUUGGUGUCAGUAAGGUUUGUAAUUCAUAAUUUGCAAUCAAGCCUUCUUGUUAUAUUUUAUAUUCAUUGAAAUCUGUUUUGUUAGAUAGGACUUUUUAUGUAUAUAAUACUUUUUGUUCUCUUUAGUUUCAUGCUGAAGUGUAUUUUGACCAGGAUUUACAAAGCUAUGUUCUCAUCGACCAAGGCAGUCAAAACGGUACCGUUAUUAAUGGAAAGCAGAUUUUACAGGUUAGUGUUUUUCAUUGAUUGGCAAACUUCACAAUGAAUCCGAGACUAUGGAGGCUUUUUAUGAAUUCCUGGGGAGAAAUGAUCCAUAUUUCCUAUUCUAUAUAUAACCUCUAUUCCUACCUUUUUUUUUUUUAAUAUAAUUAUUUCAUUUCCAAUUUGACUGUUUUUCAGUUUAUCCCCAUUCAAAAUAAACCAGAAGGCUGAUGUGAACUACUAUUAGUGCAUUGAGAUAUUCUAACAUUUCAUGAUUCCAGGAUUUUGAUGAGCAGCACUGUCUUUGAGUUAACUCAUUUGAAUAAUUUCUUGACCUUUAUCACAGCCCAAACAGGUUUCUGAGCCUUGUGUGCUGGAGCACGGAGAUGAAGUGAAAUUUGGUGAAACCGUACUUUCUUUCCACGUUCACCCAGGCAGUGAUACCUGCGAUGGAUGUGAACCUGGGCAAGUCAGAGCUCAUCUUCGCCUCGAUCAAAAAGAAGCAGAUUUAGGUGAGCCUCUCGGUUCACAGCUUUUCGUAUGCUGUGCCCCGACUAAAUGCAAACCAGGUACAAGCAAAACACUUUUCCAUUUAGACGUUAAUAUACUUGCAUAUAUUAAUUACAUUCAUAAUCAUACUAGCACACAGCGGCAGUAAUUACUGUAAGAAGUCUCUACCCUCCUGCAGGCAGAACAAGCACACAGAAACUUUAAAGGGACACUAUAGUCACCAUACCAAAUACAGCUUAAUGUAGUGGUUCUUGUGUCUAUGCCAUGUCCCUGCAGGCUUUUUCAGAGAAAAGGCAGUUUUUACAUUUAUCACACCUCCAGUGGCCACUCCUCUGCUUCCUGGGGCAGUGCUGCACUGCCGUUAGAGCAUGGAGAUGCAGAACUUUCCCCAUAGCGAUGCAUUGAUUCCAUGCAUCUCCAUGAGGAGAUGCUGAUUAGCCUGAGAGGGGGAGUGUGACAAACUCCCCUUUUCCUGUGAGUUUGCCACGAGUUUUUGGAGGGGCUUGGCUGCUCGCCUCUUGUCCCUGAACUAUGGCCUAUGUAUUAGACUGGGAUACAGACUGGAGAUAGGGCUGUUGUUUGUGUCUUUUUCCCCAAGUUCAGUCUAUGGGACAGCCGAAUGGAUUGUGUCUUUGGUGUUCAUUUAUACGAACCAACUACCGAACAGCCGGACCACACACAAGUGGUGUGUGUCCCGCAUUUAACCGGUUAACCGUAGCUAAUUGGCGAACGGCUGGGUGGUCGCCGUUCGUAUAGUCGAAUACGUGGUGGCGGCCAUCUUGUUUAGUCGAACGCGUUCAGCGGUGUUUGGUCGUCGAGUUCAUGGAACUCCAAUUGGACACGCGACAACACGAACACUGCUGAACUUACCUUCUCCAAACUUCAACGCUUCGACGGGAGUAAAACAGCAUUUGACAAUUCGAACGCACUUUAACGUUGACAUUUGCACGAACGGUUGCCGUUCGUCUGUUUGAACUAACUUUAACAUGGGAAAUAGACCGACUGCAGAGCCAAAUUCUGUGGAACUGUUUUGGGCACGAAAGCCAUGCUGCGGUCGGUCAAGAGAGACCUCCAUAGACACUUGAACCCCAUGGCUAUUUGACUAUGUUCAUGGGAUCUGAGCGCUGUUCGGAUAUUAAGCGCUCAGAUCCAAGAUAUCUGGGGAUAUGACACAUGUGGGGGUUCAGUUCUGUGAAACAGAAGUUAUCUAUUUUAAUGUGUUUUUUGUUUUAAUUUAGGAAUAUUUUCUGUACCUGGAGAUAAUUGAGUUUACUACAGCCACUUAAGCCAAUUAUCUCCAUGAUAGAGGGGAGGGAUUUUACUGUGUAUGUGGGAGUGUUACUGUGUUAAUUAUUGUUCCCAUUGGUAUGUGUACCUUUUGUCCCAGUUUACCACCAGGUCCAGGUGGUGUGCCUCUGGCCUGAAAAUGUGUAUAAAAGGAAUGCCUUUGUGCUCAUUAAACAGAUCAUCUUGCACCUUCAUGAAGUCUUGGCUCAUGUUUGGAGGAUUGGAGAACUACCACACUCUAGGGAUUGCUAUAAUCACUAUACUCCCCAGAGUAUAAUCACUAGCUCUUGUAAGAGCUGUUCCUGCUCUCUGGAUUACAAGAGAGGUCUAUCUACUGGAAGCUGGAUCCUGGUCUUGGGUCCAGAGUGGGUGUAAGAUGGCGAGACCCCAACCAAGCUGUGGCGGUUCGUGGGGCCUGCAGUGGUUAUGGCAUCUAGUGGAGUUCUUGGAGCCCUCGGAAAGCACUAGGAGCAUCCGUCAACGGAACGUACCCAGUCGGGGUGCCAGGCGUUCCGUUACAGGGAGUUUGGCCCAGUCUCCUUGGAAAGCUCAAGGAAAGCAUUGUGAUUGGCUGAGAUCAAUUAUGAUGUCAGCCAAAGAGGUGGAUUGGGGGGGAUCCAAAUGCUGGUGCUGGAAAUAAGGUGAGUUUUCACCCUAUUUAAGGGUGGUGGGGGGCUAGAUAGUGAUUUUUAACACAAACAUGUAUUUCUGACCCUAUAGUGUAGCACUUCCUCUUGAAUGAUACGUGUUUUUGUUUUGCAGCAGGUCCAAUACUAAGCAAAGAAGGGAAGGAAUUAUUAAGAAGACAGGAACUUAAACAGAUUAGAGUGAAAUAUGGCUUGCAGGUGAGAUCUUCUUUUGCAUCGUAUUACAUUAAAUAUAAACAUUCGGUUGGUAUGAUCUCAUGCUAUAGAGAAACUAACUUUGCCAGCAUGUAAACUUUGAGAAAUCUGUGAUCCACCCUCUUCCUGCUCUUAUUAUUCUGACGGCAUUUAUGUAGUGGGGUAAAUCUGGAGGGAUUUCCUAUUGGUUAAACCUCCCAGCUGAGAUAUGAAAGCUAUCCCUUCUUGAUAUAUAAUUUGGAACAAAUUCUGGUUCUAGAUUGAAGUCAUUUUGCAUACUUGUGUAGGUUUUAUUAUUUUUAUUUUUUUAUUUAGUGUUCUCACCAUUUUUAACUCCAUAUUUUGGUUCUCUAACCUUACAUGCUGCGAUCUAAACGUGAAACUUCUAUAUUUGUAGAGUGCUGACUAUGAAGAAAAUAAAGCUUUGAAAAACUCAAAAUACCUGGACCGGGCUGGAAAGCGCAGAGAGAUAGUUGGAAGUGAGGGAACUUUCCAGCGAGAAGAUGCACCAUCAUCUAUACAUGUGUAAGUGUAAAAUAUCUAGAGAACAGCUCACUUUUAAAAUGUAUGAACCCAUAACUCUAGAGAAAAACAAAUCUUAAAACAUUAAUACAAUUAGCACAACUAAUACAAUAUGAUUUAAUUGUUUAACCCCUCCCACCUCCCUUUUGUAAACGGAGCAAUUUAGUAUUUUAGUUGCGUACCGUCAUUAAAUUAAUUCUAUUAAUCUGUUUAAAACCACCCCCACCCCCCCAUAAAAUGAUUUACAUAAAUCUAAACUCUGUUUCUCUGUAAUUACAAUGAAGACCCUACAGCGUGGAGGUGGCCAUCUUCCCAUCACAAUUUUCAACUUACAAUGACAAGACUGCACAGAUCAUGUGAUUUCAGCCGCCAAUUAUAGUCUUGGACAAAUUAUCUGGUGCUCUGCGCACAAGGUUAGCUAGAAACCCGCUGAUGGCCAUGUCACACUCUGCUUUCAGAGUGCUUUUUUACAGGAAAAUGGGCAUCAAAUAUGACUUUUCCUGAGGAAAAAACACACAAAAAAUAACCUAAUAUACAACAAAAACACAAACGUGUACACUUAUCAGAGUUAAAGGACCACUCUAGGCACCCAGACCACUUCAGCUUAAUGAAGUGGUCUGGGUGCCAGGUCCUUCUAGGGUUAACCCAUUUUUUAAUAACCAUAGCAGUUUCAGAGAAACUGCUAUGUUUAUUAAUGGGUUAAGCCUUCCUCCUAAUCCUCUAGUGGCUGUCUCAUUGACAGCCACUAGAGGCGCUUGCGUGCUUCUCACUGUGAUUUUCACAGUGAGAGCACGCCAGCGUCCAUAGGAAAGCAUUGAGAAUGCUUUCCUAUGCGACCGGCUGAAUGCGCCCGCAGCUCUUGCCGCGCGUGCGCAUUCAGCCGACGGGGCGUAACGGAGGAGGAGAGAAGGAGGAGAGCUCCCCGCCCAGCGCUGGAAAAAGGUACGUUUUUACCCCUUUUCCCCUUCCAGAGCCGGGCGGGAGGGGGUCCCUGAGGGUGGGGGCACCCUCAGGGCACUAUAGUGCCAGGAAAACAAGUGUUUUCCUGGCACUAUAGUGGUCCUUUAACAGAGAACAGCUUCCCACUGAACACCUCCCAAUUAGUGUUACGUCUGAACAAGCCAAGAUAUACAAUAUACCACGUAUUCAGCUGAUAAAUCUAAACUAAAAUAAAACAUAGCAUAAUACAGUUGAUGGAAAUAUAAUAUUCCCUACUAUAGGUUGUCAAAAAUGGGUCGCAAGAGAAUACUGAGGACGGGCAGCAGCUGAAAUAGCCUGCCCUUCGGUCGGUCCCCGCUCAGUUCUCAAGCUGAUUUUUGCUCAUCUUGUGCCAUUACAGAGAGAACAUAUCUAAAGCAUAUCAGACAGGUCCCACCCAUACGGGCAGUCCAGAUCCGAAAUGCCAGCAAGUUCUCUCUGCACGAGAGAUACAGCAACCCCAGACGAUCGUUUCAGCCUUAUUAGGCAUCAUCAGUGAGGCAUAGCUGAUAUCUCUCUAGGCACCGUGAGCAAGGGGUCCACGUCUGGAUUAUCCCUUUAAACUUGUAGAGAGUCAAAAAUGGGUCGCAAGAGAAUACUGAGGACGGGCAGCAGCUGAAAUAGCCUGCCCUUUGGUCGGUCCCCGCUCAGUUCUCAAGCUGAUUUUUGCUCAUCUUGUGCCAUUACAGAGAGAACAUAUCUGAAGCAUAUCAGACUGGUCCCACCCAUACAGGCAGUCCAGAUCCGAAAUGCCAGUGAGCACGGUGCCUAGAGAGAUAUCAGCUAUGCCUCACUGACGAUGCCUAACAAGGCUGAAACGUUCGUCUGGGGUUGCUGUAUCUCUCGUGCAGAGAGAACUUGCUGGCAUUUCGGAUCUGGACUGCCUGUAUGGGUGGGACCAGUCUGAUAUGCUUCAGAUAUGUUCUCUCUGUAAUGGCACAAGUUGAGCUAAAACCAGCUUGAGUUCUGAGCGGGGACCCACCGAAGGGCAGGCUAUUUUAGCUGCUGUCUGUUCUCAGAAUACUCUUGCGACCCAUUUUUUUUCUCUCCAUUAGUUUAAAGGGUAAUCCAGACGUGGACCCCUUGCUCACGGUGCCUAGAGAGAUAUCAGCUAUGCCUCACUGACGAUGCCUAACAAGGCUGAAACGAUCGUCUGGGGUUGCUGUAUCUCUCGUGCAGAGAGAACUUGCUGGCAUUUCGGAUCUGGACUGCCUGUAUGGGUGGGACCAGUCUGAUAUGCUUCAGAUAUGUUCUCUCUGUAAUGGCACAAGUUGAGCUAAAACCAGCUUGAGUUCUGAGCGGGGACCCACUGAAGGGCAGGCUAUUUCAGCUGCUGUCUGUUCUCAGAAUACUCUUGCGACCCAUUUUUUUUCUCUACUAUAGGUUGCACUCACAGGAUGUUGAAGUUAUUUGCGCUCUAAUGGUGCCUCCCCCGAUGUUUUGGGGGGCUUGUAUCUCUCUCUUAGGAUCAGGUAUCACCCAAUAGCAGGAACCAUACAGGACUCCGACAGGUAGAUGUGUAGAAAAGAGGUUUAUUAAAUAUAAAAGGGCAAUAAAAGAGGAUUGGUCUUCUACAUUUCGUCCACUAAGGGACUUCCUCAGAGACCAGUGUACAAUAAACGCAAUAAUAUUAUUAGUAAUGCUCCCAAAAAGAAGCAGCCUAAUUCCACCCUCCCAUCAGUCCCCUUAAAUAGGACUAGUCCCUUUAGUUCAUUGGUUAUUCCAGUGGGUGUUUUCCUAUAAAAAAAAUAACCUAAAAAAACCCACUAUUUUAUUUUCUUCACAAAGUGAAAUCAAUGAGAAGAACAAAGGGAGAAAAAUGCUUGUGAAGAUGGGAUGGAAAAAAGGAGAUGGUCUUGGAAAAACUGGUGAUGGUUUGAGAGAUCCGGUAAGGUCACCUUCUCAGGAUUUUAUCAUUUCGCCGUGUUCUAAGCUGCAAUACACUCACAACUUUGUGAUUUUUAUUUUUAAUUCUUGUGUUAACAGAUGCAGGUUGCUGUCUACUUUUGAGCACUUGAAAAUUUCUGUUUUAGAGCUUGUGUCUCAAAACCAUUUGAUAAUUAGGGCUAUUUAUAGUAUGGUCACUAAUAUAUCCAGUGUGUUGGUUUGUCGUAAAUCUUGUAUCUGCCGUACUUGAGUCAUUUGAAGCUACAACAGUGAUUUAUGAUCUGCUUCAAAACAAUUUAUUGUCCAUUUAAAACUCCCAACUGUAAUGUAUUUAACUGCAAGGAGAUAUUUGGAUUGACUUACACUUGAAGAGAAAACCUUUCAUCUGUAAUGUCCUGAAAUAGAACAUUUCAUGUUUACCGAAACAAAACACUUGUUAGAUCAUCUUUGGAUAGAUUGACCUGUAAACUGUACUAUCAAAACAAAUCACUUUUACUAAUUGCACAUUAAUUAGCUGCCAUACAUAUAUUCAGCUUUGAUAUUGUGUAUUACAUGUAUAAUCUUGUACUAAACACUAAAUGUUUUAUAGCUCACAAUGCAUUAGAUUUAAUUACUGUAAACCAUCUGUCUGUAGAUCGCAGAUCAUGUUCUGUAUUUAAUCAUUUCCUUUUUUUUUUUCAGAUUAAAAUUCAGCUCCGUCAGAAGAAAGCAGGGCUGGGGACAUAUAACCCUUCUUCCAUUGAGGAAAUUCAGACCAAAACUCAGAACAAAAAGAAUUGGGAGAAAGCCAGGGAGCGAUAUGCAGAAACAUUUCCCGAAGACAAGCAGCUGCAUGAUUCCAAGAGAGGAAAUUCUUGGGUUAAAGGCUCUGCACGAUGACAUCCUAUACAAAGGCGCACUGUGGCCUGAUCUGCUGUAUGCACAGAAUGCAUUUGUUUAGUUCUUUGUCGCCCCUUUCUAAUUAUUUGCACAUUCAGACUGUUGCAUACAUGUAGUGUCCCUCUAUAAAACUGGCAUCUAAAUCAAUGUAUGCUGUCAUGUGCAUAAUACAAUAUGACAAGGGAACUGCAAACCUUAGUCUAGAAUAGCUGAACUGGAAAAUUACUAACAUUGAGCAAUAUUUCCAAUUUGAGGAUUUAGCCAAAAAAAAGGGGGCUUCUCUACAAUUUUCAGUUUAGAGAAAACCCUAAGAAAAGUGUAGUGAAUUGACAACCAGAUUUCCAAUAUUCUGCCAUUUUUUGUAAUGUAUGUAUAUAGUAUAGAUAUCCUUCCGAAAUUCAACAAAAAUGUUUUUAAGUAUUUUGUGAAUAUUUCACUUAUUUUCUGUAAAUACCACAUGUGCGAAUUUUCAUGAAUUCAGUGUGAAUUUGGGCUUUGAGGCCAAAUUAGCCCAAAUAAAAAAUAUAGUGGUCUUGAUGAGUUUCUCAAUGAUUCACACCUGAAAACAAGAUGUUAUUUCUUCCACUUGACAUAGACAAGGUUUUUAAAUGAUUAAAGGGGACCUGUCACUUUGUUGGAUUAUUAACACUGCUUUCUUACCCAAUAUAAAUUGUUUGUAUGAAAUAAUAGAAUUUUUACGCACAUUUAACUUUUUUUCCUUAGUAUUAGUGACAAGGCAGUAUGGAUGUUAAUCAGUGUAGUGGACACAAACCACCAUAUCUUGCUGAAAAAUCAUGAAUUCUGCUGGUGAGGACAAUACCAGAAUCUUUCCAUCUAUUCGCCUUUGCAGCACCUUGUUUGUUUCUGUAAUUGUUCCCAAACACUUCUCAUUUAAUCUUUUUCCUUAUUGAACCACAUUUAAUGUACACGUUGCUUGUGGGUUCCCUGUUCCAAAAUGCAUGGCUUUGCAUUUAACUGUAUUCAAUAUCAUCUGCUACUCGCAUGCUUAGUCCCCCAAAUUAUCCAAAUCGCUCUGUAGAGAAGUUAUAUUAUGUUCAGACAGUCUUUCACUGCCUACUUUAGGAUAAUUUCUAAACAAAUUAAAUAGAAGUAGAUCCAGGACAGAACCCAGAGGCACGCCACUCACCACCUUUGCACGUUUUGAAAAUGUUCAACUUCCAUCUACUUUCUGCAUUUUAGCUUUAAGCCUGUGUUCUAUUCAAGAUCAAGAUUUGUCAUCUAAACAAACUAAAGCUCACAAAUCUGUAGAUGCCAGGUUGAGCUUUUGAACCCUUUUAAAAUAUAGACACUACAUCUGGCUUUUCUCCAAUCCUGGUAAGAUUCCUGAAAGUAAAGAAUACUAAAGGUGAAAAAAGUAAUGUAGAUAUUUAUACACUAAGCUUCCUAAGUACUUGUGGGCGAAUACCAUCUGGCCCUGGGGCUUUGUUUACAUUAACUUUAUUUAACCGCUGUAGCGCUUUACACCCCUGUUAACCAAUGUAUCUGCGAUAUAUGGUUGUUUUUUUUUUUUUUGUUUUUUUUACUAAAAGCAUUCUGGAGUAAACACCUUAAAACCAACUUCUCUGGUUGGGACUUUUUUUUAUUACUCCUUUUUGAAAAACAUCUAUUGAUUCUGCCAAAAGAGCCCAUACUUUCAUGCAAAAGAUAAAGGUAGAAUAGAACUAGGUUUACUUAAAAAUCUUAUCUUGUAUACAUUUCUUAUUGUAUUAAAGACCCACAGGUUCUGGAUUGUUAACUCCUGUUGAUUCAAAAUAAUUUCUAAAGUCUUCCAAUUCUUAUCCUGGCAUCAGAACUUUGUGUUCUUCUUGUCUAGAGCAAAGAUUGCUAUCCCUGAAUCAGUAUUCCUGCAGCCAUUUUGGAAUGGAAUAAAACAUGUCCUGAUAAAUUGGUUUAAAGGGGUUAGCUCUGUUGGUAAAUUACCUGACUACAAAGCUUGUUCAAAAAUGCAAGGUCACAGGUUCAAAUCCCAGCAGGGUCAACUCAGCCCUUCAUCCUUCUGAGUGCCAUUAAUUGGGUAAUAAUAUCUAGAGUGUGUGCUGGAAAACGCUUUGAGUCCCACUGGGACUCAAGCUAUAUAAAUACUGGUUAUUAUUAUUAGUAUAGUUAUUAAACAUGAAGAAGAACAACCAAAUCUUCCAUCUAUUUUAGUCCUGAUUAAGUGUUUUCUUGGUUUUUAACAUUUGCUUAAUGAACUCUAAUGCAGAACUAAAUUUUUUUUCUCUGAAAAGGGAGUUCACAUAGAGCACUCUUAGAUGUAUCUGCCAAAAUGGAUUUCAAGUAAAUGGCCCCUCUGGCAACAAUCCUAUAAUUCUAACUGGCACUUUUAAGUACUCCUACGUCCUCUUGCAUACAAACGAAUGACAUUUAAUGUUUUUGCAGAAUCACCAGAAAGGCAAUUCUCUAAAACUUGCAGCAAAUAGUUUGUGCUGUGGUGAAGGCCCAGUAAUCAAGGUCUUAUUCUGAUAGGCUGAAGCUCGGAAAACGUGUCUGCAGGCUUUCUCAGCAUGAUCACGGAAUCCAGAUACUUCACCAAUCAGAAUUGUCUUUCUUCCAACUAAGUGAUCGGUCCCCUUUAAUAUUCCUCCUAAUUAAUAUGGAUAUAUGCCCUGUUUAGACAUACUAGAACCAGCUCCCAGGUAAUUGGUCUGUUACAUUCAGUAGCAAGGUCAUAUUUUCCUCUAUGAAGGGGUUUUAAAAUAAUGCUGGAGUGGCGCGGUGUAAUGUAUUGCAUAUUAAAGUCUAUUUUAUCACAAAUAUCUGUGUAAUUUUUAUUUCAAGAGCAUGGGACCAAGCAUUUUAUAUAGAUUUCACUAGAUUUUCCCACCCCAGUAAUAGUCACAAAGCAAUUUUUUAUUCUCUGUAAAUAGUUUCAGCAGGAUCAUGUGGAACAAGGUCCAUCAGAGUUCCCCAAGGAACCCCAGUUCUGUCAGAGUAAGUGAUAUUCUUAUGGAAGCAGAUUCUCUAAGGUUGAGGA